AUGGUCAACACCACGCUGCGCGUUGAGGGCUCUGAUCUGUCUGCGGUGCGCGCAUUUAAGAACACAGUCCGACAACAGCUGGAAACACGAUUCAAACUGGACUCUGAUGAUCUGCCCUCGUCUAUCCCAGUUGUGGCCUGCAUGUUAGAUCCUUGCUUCAAGCACCUGAAGUUCAUCCCAGACAGCAAAAGAGAGCGCGCAUACAGCCACCUGGACACCCUGCUUCUGAGAGUGAGUGAGACGCUGAGCGUAACAAAUGUCGGUGUGGAAACCUGUGAAACUGAGCAGACGGGGAAGGACAUAGGGAAGAAGGCGCGUCUUGAGCUGGACUUUGCGGAGCUGUUUGGGACGCAUUUCGAAAGCGGGCAGAAUACGGCCCGCGGCUCCACAGCAACUGAAGAGGCCAGACAAUAUUUUCUCUUGCCCCAAAUCCCAACUCUGGACAACCCGUUGCAGUGUCAGAACAAGUACAGUGAAGUUGAAAGGAAAGCACCAUCUGUAGGUGUCGCCAUGACAACAGAAGCAGGCACUGAGACUGAGGUGAAGGAGAAAGCGGAGGAGUCGGCAGCUCUUGCGGACCAAUCGGAGCAGGCGACGGAGGAGACUCAGGAAGUGGUCACCGCAGAGGGAGAGAAGAGAGAGAAGGAGGGCAAAGGGAUCUCCCGCUACCUGCCGACAUGGCUCAAGAAGCAGAAGUCCCAAACCCAGACCUCACCCACUAAGGACGUCCCGCCAUCAGAGGAGGCUGUCGACAAGGAGACAGAGAAGGUGCCUGAAGUGAACGGACACGCAGAGGAGGUGGAGGAAGAGCAGGAGCAGAAGAAAGACGCAGAGAAGUCCGAGCAAGUGAAGGAAAAGGAGGAGCUCCCAGAGGUUGAUGCCAAGGAACAGUCGGAGCCCGUGAAGGAAGAGAAAGUAGAGAAGAGCGAAGAGAAGAGUGCAGAGGAGGAGACGAAGGCUGUCGCAGAAGGAGACAAGACUGAGGAAGAGACAAAGGAGACGACGGAGGCUCCUGUAGAAGAGAAGGACACCCAGACUUCGCUGUUCCAGUCCCCCCUCAGAUUGGUCCGCAAGAACAAGAUGAAGCUGGUGGUGUGUCACGUGACCCUGCUGGAUGGGACCGACUACACCUGUGAAGUGGAGAAACGUGUGAAAGGCCAGUACUUAUUCUUCAAAGUCUGCGAGCACCUCAAUCUGAUGGAAAAAGAUUACUUCGGCCUCACAUACAAAGACACCCAUGACCAUAAGUGUUGGCUGGACCCCACUAAAGAAAUCAAGCGACAGAUCCGCAGUAACAACUGGAAGUUUUCAGUCAAUGUGAAGUUCUACCCUCCCGAUCCCUCAUUGCUCACAGAGGAUCUCACAAGGUACCUGUUGUGUCUUCAGCUGCGUGAGGAUGUGGCCUCCGGUAAACUGCCCUGCUCCUUUGUCACGCAUGCUCUGCUGGGGUCUUAUUCGCUGCAGGCAGAGCUUGGAGACUACGAGACAGAGCAACCCAAGCCACUAGACUAUAUGAGUCAGCUGAAGUUUGCACCUAGUCAGAACAAAGACAUGGAGGAGAAGAUUCUGGAGCUCCACAAAUCCCACAGGGGUCUGACGCCUGCUCAGGCUGAUGCACAAUUUCUAGAAAAUGCCAAGAAGUUGUCAAUGUAUGGCGUGGACAUGCACCAUGCCAAGGACUCGGAGGGUGUCGACAUCACGUUAGGAGUUUGUGCCAAUGGACUCCUUGUCUACAAAGACAAACUGAGAAUAAACCGAUUUGCAUGGCCUAAAAUCCUCAAGAUUUCUUACAAGAGAAACAACUUUUACAUCAAGAUCAGACCAGGGGAGACGGAGCAGUUUGAGAGCACGGUGGGCUUCAAACUGCAGAACCAUCGAUCGGCCAAAAGACUGUGGAAAGUCUGUGUGGAGAAUCACAGCUUCUUCAGGUUAAAUGCACCAGAACCUCCGAACAAGACGCGCUUCUUGACCCUGGGCUCAAAGUUCCGAUACAGUGGCAGAACCCAGGCUCAGACCCGAGUGGCCAGUACCCUCAUAGACCGACCCGCACCCAAUUUUGAACGCACCUCGUCGAAACGCAUCAGCCGCAGUCUGGAUGGAGCCCCCAUGAUAAGCAUCACUGACACAAGUGCAGGAGAAAACGGUCGUGAGCCUCACCUGGAGCUUAAUUCUGACUCUAAGGUGGAUUUGAGUCCUGGUGAUGACGAGGCUGCCACUAGUCAGUCACCUGGAGCCAGCGAGGCGGCUCCUUCUCAGAGUUCUGUGCAUGGGGACAAUAUUUAUGUGAGACACAGUAAUUUAAUGUUGGAGGACCAUGAUAAGACCCAGGAUGAGGUACUGAAACACCAGGCUAGCAUUAGCGAACUAAAGCGCUCCUUUAUGGAGGCGCCGCCCCCUUCACCUCCUCAGCCCAACCUGUGGGAGAAACGUCUCACCUCCUCUCCCGCUACAACGAUACGCGUUCAGCCGCAGCCAGUGGUGACCGUGUCUCAAACAGAAACCUCUCCAGUCGAAAUCGUGAUCUCUGAACCCAAAGAACCAGUUAAGACCGCUGAAGUUGAAAUAGAAGAAACCGUUGUUGUCCAAGAGGUAUCGAAGACGACCAAACCUGUGAUUGUAACAGUUGAAAAAGUGCCAAUCGAGCCGGUGGUGAAGAUUGAAGAGGCAAUGACUUUUGCCGAGGAAGAAAAGCAGUGUAAACAAAGCGUUUCAUCCGAAAGUGAAAGUGAAGAAGAGGCAGAGUACCACCCGAAUGCUCAUGCUACUUUAUCCCAUACCCAAAUCCCAGAGGAAAAGGAAGAAGAGGAGAAGGUGGUGGUGGUGGAGGUGGUGGAGGAGGUGAAGGAGGAGGAGGAGGAGGACCAAGUAAAAAAUGAUACACCUGUUGAUCUACCCGCCACGCAAGAACCUCCCCCAGCAGAAUCGCGACAAGAACUGGUAGAGACGGACCAAGCUGGAACCCAGACCAAAGACAACGCUGAGGAGAAGCCACCCGCAGUGCUGGAGAAAGACGAAAGCGUGGAUGAGCCCAUGGUGACCCCAGACGAAGCCCCCAACGGCCUCCCGCUGGGUGACGACGCAGAGCAGGAAGAACCCAAAGUGAACGGCCAGCACAUGGAGACGGCACUUCGCCCGCAAGUUAUUUGUUGCACUGAGCCUCCGGUGGUAAAGACAGAGAUGGUGACAAUUUCAGACACGUUUGCAGCCCAAAAAACCGAGAUAGCCACAAAAGAAGUGCCCAUCGUUCACACGGAAACCAAGACCAUCACAUAUGAAGCUGCACAGCUUGAAGGGAAUGGGGAUGCCGAGCCUGGCGUGUUGAUGACUGCUCAGACAAUCACAUCUGAAUCGCUGUGCACCACGACAACCACACAUAUUACCAAGACUCUAAAGGGUGGACUCUCAGAAACCAGGAUUGAGAAGCGCAUCGUCAUCACCGGGGACUGUGACAUUGACCAUGAUGAGGCACUAGCCCAGGCCAUAAAGGAGGCCAAAGAGCAGCAUCCUGACAUGAGGAGGAUUGACUCACAAAGAGCUGAAGUGGCCAUGGCGUCCGCUGACAACCACUGA